AUGGCAAGUAUUGCUAUAGUUUCCGGAGGAACCGCCACAAAUUCAAUAUUAGAUAUUUUUCAAAAGCUUUCCAGUAUCUCAGUCGAUGAUAAAAAGGCUAAGGGAAAGGUAUCUUACAUUUUACCCAUAUCUGAUAACGGGGGAUCUACAUCUGAAAUUAUUCGUGUGUUAGGCGGCUGCUCUGUCGGUGAUAUUCGAUCUCGGAUAACAAGACUUAUCCCAGAUGAAAGUUCGGGCAUAAGAGAUUUACUUUCUCAUCGGCUUCCAAAUGAUUCAGCAUUGGCUAAACAGGAAUGGGAGCAGAUUAUAGAGGGAUCACAUACCUUGUGGGCUAACGUGGAUCCGCCAUGCAAGCAAAUAUUGCGUAGUUUCCUUAUUCACGUUCACGUGGAGAUCUUAAAGCGUUCAAGAAAUCCCUCAAAGAACUUCCGCCUUGAAUUGGCAAGUGUCGGAAAUAUGUUUUUGACAGGCGCUCGCUUGUUUUGUGGCUCAUUGGACUCUUCAAUUGAAUUGAUGCUUCGUCUAUCAAAAGUUCCUCCAAAUAUUCAGGUUUUGCCGUGUAUCAACACCAAUUUCACCUAUCAUAUCAGUGCCCUUCUUGCUGAUGGAACAAUUGUAACGGGACAGUCACAGAUUUCACAUCCUUCAUUACCUUCGUGUUCAUCUACAAAUACCCUUACUGAUCAAAAUAUGAGCUCAUUUCAAAAUAUGUCAUCGUUUACUGAUGAUUUUAUCAUCCAUCCGAAUCAAGUGGUAAAGGAUGAUCAAGUAGGCUCGGGCAAUACUAAGUGUAGCUUAUGUCAUCAAAUUGAUUCUGCUUGUAAUAAAGAGAAAGCAAACGAUAAUGAUGAUGAUGAUGAGAACGAUGAGGAGCUGGAAGAACCUUCAUACAUUCAUCCCGAACUACGGAAAUCUCAGCUAUAUUUUAACAAAAAUGACACGAUUCCUCUUCCCUCCCCUAUUAAGCGCAUUUUUUAUAUCUCACCGUUUGGCGAAGAAAUAUAUCCAGUAGCCCACAGCAGGGUACUAAAGUGCUUUAAAGAAGCAGAUACUAUUAUUUAUUCGAUAGGCUCACUGAUGACUUCAAUUAUACCAAUUCUCAUUCUUCAAGGGGUCGGUGAUGCCAUCUUACAGUCAAAGGCAAACAAAAUAGCCAAAAACAAAGUUCUUUUGAUGAAUGGAUCCUGGGAUCGUGAAACUCACGGAAUGUCUGCUUCUGAUUUUAUUAACGCAAUAUAUGAAGCUCUAAAAUAUUCCAUGCUUUAUGGCCAAAACAAAAAGAAGAAAGAUUACCACAAAAUAGACAUAGAAUCCGUUAAACCAUCUUCCUUCAUUACACAUGUUAUUUUUUUAAGGGAUAGAUCCCGAAUCCCUAUUAACACAAAAGCUAUAACUGAUGCGGGCAUAGAGUGCGUUCCUGUCGACAACGAUGCAAAAAACGUCGAUGAGUACGAUCUUGACGACAUGUAUCGCAAGCUGCGUGUAAUAGGCUGA